GUUAAUAAAACAAAGUGUGGGCAAGUGGUUAAACUCGAUUCUGCUUCCAUUUCAGCCUCCAUCUCUUCUCUUCCCCUCUUCUUCGAGACAUGGAAACGGGAAUCAAUAAUGUCGACGAUAACAAGGGCAAAUCCCUGAUCAGAAGCCAAGAGGAAGACGAUUCUGAGCUUGAAGUUGAGGAAUUUCCUGAGGAAUUCCGAUGUUGCAUUUGCCUGGAACUUCUUUACAAGCCAGUUGUAUUAGCUUGUGGCCACAUAUCAUGCUUCUGGUGCAUCUAUAACGCUAUGAAUUUUUGGAAUGAAUCUCACUGUCCAAUUUGCCGGCAUCCAUAUAAUCAUUUCCCAAGCAUCUGUCAGCUGCUUCAUUUUUUGCUUCUGAAGUUGUAUCCUAUAGGGUAUGAGAGAAGAGACAGACAAGUAGGAGUGGGCAAGUGGUUAAACUCGAUUCUGCUUCCAUUUCAGCCUCCAUCUCUUAUCUUCCCUCUCCUUCGAGACAUGGAAACGGGAAUCAAUAAUGUCGACGAUAACAAGGGCAAAUCCCUGAUCAGAAGCCAAGAGGAAGACGAUUCUGAGCUUGAAGUUGAGGAAUUUCCUGAGGAAUUCCGAUGUUGCAUUUGCCUGGAACUUCUUUACAAGCCAGUUGUAUUAGCUUGUGGCCACAUAUCAUGCUUCUGGUGCAUCUAUAACGCUAUGAAUUUUUGGAAUGAAUCUCACUGUCCAAUUUGCCGGCAUCCAUAUAAUCAUUUCCCAAGCAUCUGUCAGCUGCUUCAUUUUUUGCUUCUGAAGUUGUAUCCUAUAGGGUAUGAGAGAAGAGAAAGACAAGUAGGAGAAGAAGAGAAGGAAGUUGGUUACUUCUCUCCUCAAUUUGAUCAUAAUUCUUGUGAACCACAACAUAUUGAGGAGCUUGGUAUCUUGAACAAUACACAUGCCCUUUCAGAUACGCAGUUAAAAAGUUGUAGUAAGAAGGGAGAUAACAAACCUAUUGAGCCUGCAAAAUCUUUAGGGAAGGAUGAAGCUAUGGUGAAUGAAACUGACCAAGAAUGUAGUUCUCUUGGAAAUAAUGUUCAACAUAGAGCUCAGAAGCUUGUUUCUUUUACUGAUUUACCCUGUGCUGCAUGCAAGAAGCUGCUCUUUCAACCAAUUGUACUUAAUUGUGGCCAUGUAUAUUGUGAAUCUUGUACCUUUGUUCUGGAAGGCAAAGUCCCUCGGUGCCAAAUUUGUCAAAGCUUUCAGCCAAAUGGAUUGCCUAAUGUUUGUCUAAUUCUAGAUCAUUUCUUGGAGGAGCAAUUUCCAGAUAUUUAUUCGGAAAGAAAGAAAGCUUUACUUAUCGAAGGUUCAAGACAGGCUCAAAAAAAGGCUACCAGUUCAUCAGGUAUUCCUAAAAAUGUUCACCCACUGUCAUGGUGGCUUGGCAGUGGACCUAAGGUUCAUAUAGGAGUGGGCUGUGAUUGUUGUGGGCUGUGUCCAAUAAUAGGUGAGAGAUAUAAAUGCAAAGACUGCCUUGAGAAAAUAGGUUUCGACUUGUGUGAGGGCUGCUAUAAUUCUCCUAUUAAGGUUCCUGGACGGUUUAAUCAACAGCAUAAACCAGAACAUAACUUUGAAAUUGUACAGCCUCUAGAUAUAAAUUACAUGUCUGAUGAAGAUGGCUCAGAUUAUCCUGAAUAUUUGGAUGAUGCCCCUCAAGCUCCUACCUUUACAGAUGAUGUUUCACAAGAUCAAGGAGAUAGUUCCCAUGGGCCAGAGGAUGUUUCUCCAGCUUCCCUAUUAUCAGUUGAUGUUUCUUUGAAUAAAGAAGAUGGCUCUGAUAAAUCAUCAAUUUGACUUCGUAAAAAAGAGGUUCAAGUAAAAAACUUUCAACAUCGAGUUUCAUCUCAGUUCAGUAUGGUCUCUUUAUCUGACUUGCAGUACAUGCAAUCUAAAUUGUAAGAGCAACUUUUACAUAUAUGGACUCUUUUUUAGAUUAUCUAGUACUGCCACAUCCCCUCUACAGUUUGAUCUUAAAAAGCUGGGGAUUCUUAAUUAAACCUCUUGAAAAGUAACUCUCAUGACUUCUUGCUAAGGGACUAGGGUCACAACCACUAGGCCGAGGAUGAACAAUCAACCACGGUUGAGUAAUGCCUGUACUUUGAAAAAAAGUAACCAUAGGUGAUAAGUUAGUAAGUUUUAUAGGCACAUAAUCAUGGUAAUUGGAUAUUAUUAUUUUGAGUUCAUAUAAGAUUAGCUAUAACUGAGAUAACAAGAGUUUAAAUCAAAGGAACUUAUGUUCUUGCUCCCUAUAUUUGUAGUGUGAUGAUAUUAGUUUAUUUUAUUUUAUCAGCAGUAAUGUUGAAAAACUUGCAAGUGUUCACAACUUGGAUUGUGACAAGAAGGAUAAGAAAGAUCUUGGGUACAGUGUAUUAAAUUUUUUGUGUUACAGUGUAUGGAACUGAUCUCAAAAGAUAACACAAAUUAGUAAAGAGAAUUUAGUAUU